AUGCCUGAGACCCCUGCGGUCCGUCCCUGGCCGUUCCUGCUCCUGCUGGCCAUCCAGGUUGCCAGUGCCAUCAGUGCCUCCCAGCCAUGGCACUGCGCGCCAUGCUCUGCCGAGAAGCUUGCGCUCUGCCCACCUGUGCCUGCCUCGUGCCCCGAGGUCUCCCGGCCGGCUGGCUGUGGCUGCUGCCCCAUGUGCGCCCUGCCUCUGGGUGCUGCCUGUGGUGUGGCCACUGCACGCUGUGCCCGGGGUCUGAGCUGCCGUGCCCUGCCUGGGGAACCCAGGCCGCUCCACGCACUCACUCGUGGCCAGGGCAGCUGCGUGCUGGACUCCUCUGCAUCCGAUGCUGAGACAUCAGGUACUGUAGCCUCUGGCUCUCAGGUCCCCUUACCUGGGAGAGGGCCCUCAGCCCCUGCACCCCGGGACAGCGUGGAGAUGACAGAGGAGCAGCUGGUGGAGCGCCUCCAUCUCACGACCCCCUCGGGUGAGGACCAGGCCACCCCCUGGAACACCAUCAGCACGUUUAGGAGCCCUGGGGCUGCCGGGGCCACCGAUGGCAAGCAGUGGAAGGGGCCGUGCCAGCGGGAGCUCUACAGGGUGCUGGAGCAAUUAACCAAGGCGCGGCAGGAAGCAGGGGAAGAAAUCUACAAGUUUUAUCUGCCCAAUUGCAACAAGAAUGGAUUUUUUCACAGCAAACAGUGUGAGGCAUCCCUGGACGGGGAGCCUGGGCUCUGCUGGUGCGUCUACCCGUGGAAUGGAAAGAGAAUCUCGGGGGUCCCGGCUGUCAGAGGGGACCCCAACUGCCCCCAGCACUUGACCGUCCAGCACUGAAGAUAUGGUAGCCUGGGUUCUGUCACUAUGUAGGUCUGUGGUGUGUUUAUCCUCUGGAACACACACUUGAUAAAUAUAUAUAUAUAUUUGCGCAUGUAUAUAUACAUGGGGCAACUUUUUAUACUCUACUUGGUGUAUUAAGGCUGCUAGUUUAUUUAUUCUCUGUAAGUUUAUUUUUUUCUACACAGUCACCUUGGCUGUUCUAACUUAUACAAGUGUAUCAGGAAGCGUCCUAGCACACGCGUGUAAAUACUUGGGCUGUGGUUCCCCUGGGCUUUGAGGGUGGGAAAGCACGUGGCCAGAGUGUGAGGCCCGAGUGCCCACGUGGCAUGGCGGGAGCUGGGAUGCUCCGUGAUCGGGCUGUGUAUCUGUGUGGUCUGCAGGAUGCCCACCCCUGGCCCAUUUGGAAUAAACACCCUGACUG